ACAUUCAUUACGCUAGGUUCAGGAGAGUAGAGUAACUUAGUCGCCGUCCAAAUCUAAGGGGGGGGGGCGUUCAUGAGUGCACCCCCUGCGAUUCAAAAUUUGAGAAGUUCGCAAUUGAUGCUCAAAGAAACAAACGGAAAUUAGAACGUUUUUAGCUCACGGAUCUGUCCUAGAGAUCGUUUUGGACGCACCCUCCUAACCCUCCUGACUAAUUUGCACCAUGAGAUUUUUCAGAUUUUUCAAUGAAAAUGGCCGGAAUCCUCAAAAAUGAAUUAAAGAAGGAUAAUAAUGAGAUUAAAGAAGAGAUUCAGAAAGAAAUCCUUCCAUCCUCUACUGGAGAGAAUACAUGUACUGUAGAGGAUACAUGUACUGUUUAUAUAAAGGAAGACGACGUAAAGGUUGAAAUUAUUGAAAACAAAGGUUCGAUAUCGGAAUCAAAGAGAGCUAAGAUGGGCAAACUUGAAGAAAAAAUAUAUCCCUGUGAUAAAUGUGAAUUCACUGCACCCUGUGGCAGCAAGUUGAACAGACAUAUCAAAGCUAAACAUGAAGAAAUCAGAUACCCUUGUGAUCAAUGUGACUAUACUAUAGCUAGAAAAAGUGAUCUGAAAAAACAUAUUGAAAGUAAACAUGAAGGAAAGAGAUAUUUCUGCAAUCAAUGUGAAUAUGAUGCAUCCUCAUCAAUAAUUCUGAAAAGGCAUGUUGAGAACAUUCACGAGGGAGUUCGAUAUCCAUGUAAUUUAUGUGAUUAUUUUGCCAACACUGCGGAUAGACUUAAAACACAUAUAAGGAGUAAGCAUGAAGGAAUUAGGUAUCCCUGUGAUAAAUGUGAGUACGUUGCAUCUACAACUAGUAAUCUAAGAAUACAUGUUGAGAGUAGACAUGAAGGAGUCAGGUAUCCUUGUGAUAAAUGUGAGUAUUCUGCAACUUUAGCAAGCAAUUUAAGACAACAUGUUGAGAGUGUACACGAUAGAAUCAGAUAUCCCUGUAAUAAGUGUGAGCACAUAGCAAGCACAGCGACUUGUCUAAGAAUACAUGUUGAGAGUAUACAUGAAGGUGUGAAAUAUUUUUGCGACAAAUGUGCAUACAUUUCUAGUACAGCAAAUACUUUGAGAAAACAUAUCAAGAUAAAACAUGAAAGAGUGAGAUAUUCUUGUGAUAAAUGUGAAUAUACUGCAAUUUCAACAGUUAGUCUAGGAAAACAUAUUGUGAGUAAGCACAAAGAAGUUAGAUUUCCUUGUGAACAAUGUGAGUUUACUACAUCCUCAGAAAGUAAUCUAAGAAUACAUAUUAGAAGUAGACACGAUAAAGUUGGAUAUCCUUGUGAUCAUUGUGAAUACGCUGCAAAUUCACCAAGCAAUCUUAAAUCACACAUUCAGAGCAAGCAUGAAGGAGUGAGAUAUCCUUGUGAAUUAUGUGAAUAUGUUGCAACUGCAAGAAAUUCUCUAAAGAGACACAAGAUGAGCAAACAUAAAGACUAAUAUGGUGGUUAGUGAUCCUGAGUUGAAAACUUUAGAAUUGUGGUUAUCGAUCUCCUUUUUGGUCGGAAUUUAGUAGGGAUAUCCAAAAGAGAGAAUUAAGCAGAAAAUCAAAAGUGUAAACAGUGGAUACAGAGAUUUAGCAAUCGGGAUAAGGGUAUCCAAUACAAGAGUUUUCAGCUCUAGUCUCAUAAGAGCUUUGAGUAAUGACAUCUCUUAUCAGACUUAAGUAUUGACAAUAUAAUCUUUAUAUUUUAUAAAAAGCCAUAGUUCAAACAUUUUCAUUUUUGGAGGUCAUUUAGGCCAUUAGAGGU